AUGGAAACGGGUUUAUUAGGAGCUAAACCUGCUGAGUUUCCAAUGGAGACUAAUCAUCGUCUUGCUUUGGCGCAGGGAGAUUUGUUUGAUGAUGUGGAGAAAUAUAGAAGACUAAUUGGUAGACUGAUUUAUUUGGCAGUGACUAGACCUGAUCUUACAUACUCGGUGCAUACGCUGUCUUUGUUUAUGCAAAAACCGAGAAUAGAACAUUGGGAAGCUGCACUUCGAGUGGUUAGAUACUUGAAAAAGAAUCAUGGGCAAGGCAUUUUGUUGCGGUCUGAUAGUACCCUAAGUUUGCAAGGGUGGUGUGACUCAGACUGGGCAAGUUGUCCUUUGACUAGACGUUCAUUGACAGGAUGGUUUGUUUGUCUUGGGAAUUCACCGGUGUCUUGGAAGACAAAGAAGCAACCAACUGUUUCUCGGAGCUCAGCUGAAGCAGAAUACAGGUCCAUGGCGGCAGCAACCUGUGAGUUGAAGUGGUUGAAACAGUUACUUGGUGAUUUGGGG